AUGGAUUUUGCUUUCUACUGCGCAUCUCAUUCGUUACCAGCCCCAAACCUAACCUGGUUCUCCCAGCUAAUGUGGCUUUAUAAGGACUGUGAUUACGGUGAGAUGAGCCAGUAUCGCCUCGAUGACACAUCUCAGUUUACGGAGCACGAACUAUGGGAACACCACUCGGAUUAUGCCCCGACACCUGGCUAUUGCGGCAGCCCCUACGCAGCGAUAUCGACCCUGAGCCCCUCCCCAUCGAGUGUAGUUGAGACUAGUAUCGAUCCUACGAGUAAACCCGCCCCACACACUCUCAAAUUUCUCCAGCUGUGUGAGUGGGAGGAUGGGAAGACCUACGACGAGGACCCGCCAACGUGCAUCCACUACCGUGUAGAGUGGCGAGUGACUGUCAAUAACAGGGAGGUGUCAAAGGACACGGAAGAGGAUGUUGUUUUGGCACCUAGCGCCUUCUGGCAGCUGUCCUUGGAAAAAAAGUUAGAAAAAGCUCUACGACGCAAGACUGCUCGCCAUCGCCAAGUGAGACCAGAUGAUACCGUCAUAGUGGCAUCAACAACCGAUCGUACCAAGCGAAAAUUGACCAAACGAUUUGACGAUACCGAUAUAUCUUGGACCGCAAUCGAAAAGCAGCUUCUGAUGUGGUCAGAUCUUUUACUCCGUGGAAAAGACCUUACGCUGAAAAUCAGUUUCAACUAUGUAGACGAUCGUCAUUCCUCUCCAUCCGCUGGUCGGAAAGGGGAGAAAAGAGGGAAGUCAUCUGUCACGCAAAGAAUGCUCGGUGAGAGGGACGCACAGCUUGACGCAGAGGAAAGUACUUCUGGCGGGAAGCCAAUUUGGCGCAGCGUUUAUAGUCUGAUGCGAUGUGACUCGUCGACGUGUCAGCAUGGCCCCCAUUGUUGGGUGGACCCAGUGGGGAAAAAACACUACCCGCUCAAAGCUCAUCACAUCAAACGCCUAAUCACCCACGUUGAGAAGGGUGGUGUGCUGGAAGGUCACAAGGACGUACCAGAAGCAGUUCGUGACGAAUUAUACCGGGAAGAACAGGAUAGACUGGGUAGAGACAAGCGCAAGGGAGGCCAUGUCACUGGUGCAGGGUCACCAUAUCCACCUAUCAACAUCAAUGUUUCGUCCUCGCAACCUGCGCCCCAAGGGCUUGAUGUCUCGGUUCCGAAGGCAGUAGAUAAUUUGCAGACUCUAAGCCCACUCGACAUCCCUGGUCUCAGAGAUGUAGCUGUCAAGGAGUACGGGGAGUGGCAGGUGUCGAAUGUCGAGAAUGACACCCUCAAAACUGCAUUUCGAGAAGUAUGUGAUGUAAUGCUCGAAAACGGUCUUGACCUUGAGCAGGUGUAUAGGGAUCAGAAUCCCCAUUUCUUCAUUGAAAAAGGGAUCAAAAUAGGCAUCGCUCGACGUUUCGUAGAGGAUAUUGGGAAGUGGGUUGAAAGCGUCAAGAAAGUCUUACCUGUCCUUGAAAAUUAUUAG